AUGGCGGUCCCCCAGCGGACGCUGACCUGGCUAUACUCGGUCCUGAGCAAGGAUCAUUACGACCCCAAACAAACCUACCACGAUCCCAACCGGACCUACCACGAUGUUGCCAAUGCGCUCGCCCAGUACCCCUCGCUCUCUCCGCGAACCGACGUCUACACAUACGAGAAUGGUUUCUCAGCGCUCCUCCUCCACCUGGUGGGCACACUCCCUGUCGACUUCCGGGGCACAACAUACCGAUUCCCUAUCGCGCUUUGGAUCCCAAAUACAUACCCUCGGGAGCCUCCAAUCAUCUACGUGACCCCUACACAGGACAUGGCGGUCCGCGUUGGCCAACAUGUAACGCUGGAGGGGCGGGUAUAUCAUCACUAUCUCGCCCACUGGGCGGAGGCAUGGGAUAGGUCAACCAUUUCCGACAUGCUUUCAAUCCUCCGAGAAGUGUUCGCCAAGGAACCUCCGGUUCAAUACAGGCAACCGAUGCCCCCUCAAUCCCAGUCGCAGCAGCCACCGGUGCAGACACCACCCCCAGUUCCACCCUUGCCUCCUGGGAUGGGACCCUCGACAGCCCCAUCUCAGAGUCCAGGACCCAGUCAGCCCUCCAACCGGGCAGCCGACACUCCGCCACAGCUGCCGCCAAAACCAGGUGCUGCUGCGGAGACUCAACGCCCGCCAGCACAAGGCGCUGAGCGAUAUCAAUCUCCUCCUCCACUCCCUCCAUUGCCGCCGAAGGGAACUGACACUUCUCGAUCCUCCAUUCCAGGACAUAUGAGUGCGAUAGGUCCAGGGAGCCGGUUAUCUCAGCAAUACGUUCCGACGCAACCGCCUACACAGCCUCAUAUGCAACCAGACUCGGCGGCUUAUAAUAGAAAUUCGGCGGGUCCUAUCAGCCCUGGUAGUAGUUACGCGCCACAUGCGGGUUUCUCACAUCAUGUUGGACCACCUUCUGGGCCCCAAAUACCAUUACCGCAGCAGCAGCAGCAGCAGCAGCCGUAUGCUCAACCGCCACCUCAAGCACAUCCCUCUCAGUAUCCGGCAUACCAGCUCCCACCUGGUCAGCAGCAACCUCAACAGCAACAGCCGCCUCCUCAGGGGCCUCCAUAUCAAGAGCGACCUACCUACCCACAAAACAGCUAUCAAAGCCCACCAGCAGCAGCACCAGCACCGAAGGAAGAAACCCCAGAUCUCCUCACUUCCCCCUUCGAACUCGAACUCCCAUCAUUCCACCCCACAGGACCAGCACCUCCCAUCCCCCCAAAUCCGGAGAAAGAUGCCCUCCUCCACGCGGUCUCGCAAACUCUCGCCGAGACUAUAACCAGUCACGCCGCACAGUCCGACUCGGCGGCGCAAUCCCCUCCUCUCCCAGGAGAAAUCACCGCCCUAAACACCCUCCACUCAACCCUCCAAUCCAACACCUCCACCCUCCAACAAACCAUCCACCGCGCAGACGCAACCAUCGCAGACGCCCAGGCCCGCGCCAAAUCAGCCACAUCCGCCAGCGUACCCUCCUCGUCUUCAACCGCCGACACCCACCCCGGUCUACCCGCCAUCGACGACGUCCUCGUCGCGCCGACGGUGGUAGGGAAGCAACUGUACGACCUUGUCGCGGACGAGCAGGGCAUUCAGCAUGCGCUGUAUGCGUUGCAGGCUGCGUUGGUGAGGGGUGUGAUUGGGGUUGAUUCGUGGUCGAGACAUACGCGUGGUUUGGCGCGGGAGGCGUUUUUGAAACGCGCUUUGAUUCGGAAGAUUGGGCGUGGGAUGGGGUUGGAGGAGAAUGUGAGUGUUGUUUGA